AUGGAGCCUCUCAAAACUCUCAUCAAACUUUGGAAGACGGACAAGCAUAUUCCCAAUGACGAAAAAAUUGAAAGUCUCUUGCCCAAGAAGAAUGAACAAGUGAAAAGCCUGCAUGGCCUUGCGAUGCAGCCAGACCUCGUCUCGGCCAUCAAUCUAACUCUCUCAACUCUGCACACUGCGUGGAAGUUGCUCGAGACCGGCAUUUGCGUUUCUGAUGGCCCCGAUAACCCGGAGGUUGACCGGGAAGCUUUGACUACAGAGGAACUUUUGGUCAUUGCCAAAGUUGUGCCAUUGUUCAUUCCUGAAGAGAUGGCACUGAGUUUGCAAGCAAGUCACCCUCUUCGAAAGCGAAAGCAUGAAAGCUCCGAUGACGAAAGCGAGAAUGAGGAGCUCACUCUGGAAGAGAUUCUCAGCAUGGGCAGUGCUGAUGACGAUGCCAUAAAAAUUGGCUUUUUCGGUUCUUCCUCUUCGGCACGCCAGAGUAAACGCAGCCGCGUCAAAUCAGCUAAAUCGGAAGAAUCGGAGGGGAGCGCGGACGAACACGACAGCAAGUCUGACUCAAAGCGCAGUGCUCGGAAAAAGAGCGAGAGUCCUAACAGCGUGGUGUUAGUGGGCGUCAAAGCCAAAAUUAAGGAGGAAGACGGUGGCAAGAAGGCAAGCAAAGAAAGAAAGGAAAGGAAAAUGCUCAAGCCGAAGUCGAAAUCACACGGUCGCAAGAGCGAGGACAAUGCUGCAGAGGACAUCAAAGAGGAGGAAGAGGACUAG